AUGCCCUGGCUUCUUUUGUUCCCUGGCCCUGCCCUGGCCCUGGCCCUACACCUCUCCGAGACCCCAGCUCCUGAUCUUCUCUCCCUCCCUCAGCAGCAGCAGCAGCAGCAGCAGCCUGACACGUCAAUUGUCGUUGGCAAUACCCUCUGCGGACCUCGAAACUCCGAAGCACCGGAUUUCCUUUCUCUGUUCCAGGAUCCGGCUUGCUCGUCUAUCGGAAUGUACGAUAGGGCCAUUGCGACUGUUGGAAGGCCGGCGAUCCCUACCAAACGUUUCGACGUCCAAGCCCGCCCCCCAGGUUCCCCCCUCAAAUACGCCUGGAUCGGGCACAGGCACUACCCUCUGCCGUGCCGUUGCCUGUCUAACGGGCUUGCUAACGGUACCCUUUCGCGCAGAUCGCCAGAUCGCUGGACCAUUCGCAAUCGCAGAGCAAGGAAGAACGAAAGGCAGAUACGGAAAGCAGGACUCGUCACGCAAUUGUCCGUGGCCACUUGGACUGCAGUCGCAGAAAGGUCGAGAAGCAGCCGACGAGAUACCACCAACGACUUCCAUGGUAGCCAUAUAGGAUUGCCCAUCAUGUUGAAGGAGAGCGAUUACCCGGCGCGAUCCAGUGCCUACGUAGCACCGCUGUCUAUCAACAAGGACAGGUCUGGUGCAUCCAGUGUAUCCUCUCGGCAUAGCAGAAGCGACUCCUCGAGGAGUAUGAGCAAGAUCGGAGACUCGCGCAAUCAGUCCCAGAUGACUCCACCAGCAACACCCGAUGGUUCCCUGGAGGACCUCGACCAAGACAUAGAGCCUGCACGGCCAGUGUUCCACCCCUUUUUACGGGCCUUCUAUCCCUUUCAUCCGACGUACACGAUGUCCGACUCGACUGUAACGCUAUCUUUGAAUGAGGGCGACGUGGUCCUGGUGCAUUCGAUACACACCAAUGGCUGGGCGGAUGGGACGCUGCUCCUGACAGGCGCCCGAGGCUGGCUACCCACAAACUACUGCGAAGCAUUCGACCCGGAAGCAAUGCGGAACCUGUUGAAGGCACUCUUGAAUUUCUGGGACUUGAUGAGGAGUGGGAUCGUCAGUGACAGAGAGAUUUUUGGCAACCAGGAAUUCAUGCGCGGAAUCAUCGCCGGCGUCCGCUAUCUCCUAGAAAAAUCGAAUUGCCUGACAAGAGAUUGUCCUGCUAUCCAGCGCAACGAAGGUCUGCGUAAGAACCGCAAGGCUCUGCUGUCCGACCUGUCAUCGUUAGUCAAGACGGCGAAGAAAUUACAGGAUCACGCGGCCGCCACGGUCGACGCGCAUGAGCUCAGUGACACUAUGGACGAGAUGAUAUUGAAGGCAUUCAAGAUUGUGACCAGGGGGGUCCGGUUCUUGGAUGUCCUGGAAGAUGAUACUCGGUCGCGGCAGAACCCAGUCCAUCGAGUGAUCACAACAGUUAGUGAAGAGGCGUACAAUCCCCCAACUCCUCCAGCAGAUUCGACGUCAUUUGAGGCAGCCCAGCAGCUCGACCCUGCAUGCGAUGCGGAUGCGGCAUCCCGCAGAAGUUCGAGUCGCAGCUCGGCAAGCGGCCUCUCAUCAUCACAACGGGCCGAAGAACAACAAACAAAGCGGCUGUCAUACAAACGGAUGUCGAGCAAUCUUCCCAACACGGGUCCCGCAAUACACAGUGCGCAUAGCACGAGUGGCCGCCCGCAAUCCAUUCCCACUGCUAGGCCGUCUUCCCUCCAGGUAAAGCGACAGUCAGUCUCGCACCGGUUGUCAGCCUCCAUACCGGCUGCGCAACGCCAGAAUCUCGUGUCGGAGCGUCUGAAUUCCCGGCAUGACAUCUUUCUCUCGUACCUCGGAUCAUUCAUAGGACGUCUGCACCUCCAGUCGCAGUCCUCCGCUGAUCUCAUUGCGACGGUACGACAGUCCGUCACGGCAGGACGAGAGCUUCUUCUGGUCGUGGAAUCGAUCUGUGUGCACGACAAACUGAGCGCCGAGACCUUGAACGCGGCACGCGAGGCCAUGUACGACCGGAUCAACAAGCUAGUAGGCGCGGCGCGAGAGAUCAUCACCUCGUCGGGGCUGGAAGAUGAGGACGUGGUCAUGCCGCAAGACAACGGACGUCUCCUCAUGGCAGCUACGGGAUGCGUGAAAGCUGCGGGAGAGUGUGUUGCGAAGACCAAGUAUGUGAUUGAGCGGAUCGGAGACUUCGAGUUUGAUCCCGAGUUGGGUAUCGAUGUGGCGUCCAUUGGCGUCGACGCGCAGAAGACUCCGGGGGAGCAAGCAGCAGUACCAGCAGCCGAAGAGGAAGAGAAGAACAGCCUGCCCAAGAGCGCGAGCCGACCGUGUCCCCCGCCUCUGAUUGUUCCGAAAUCAAUUUACGAAAAGCCUCUGCCCAAUGUCCCACAACCAUCGGCAUUCUCAACCCCGACUGACGUGACGGAAACGCAACUGUCGCUGAAGGUACUGGAACCAGUCGUCGAGUACGAGGCGCCCGACAGCGCGACCACUGCCUCUUCGAACCGAUCUUCGCGGAAUUCGUUAUUGCCUCCAUUACCGAAGAUGACAAGCCCAUUGUUCCCGCAGGAGGAAUACUGCCCCUCAGAGAACUCGUCCGCUCCCGACAGCGAAUUCCAAUCUUCCUUCCGAAGCGACAGUAUGGCGAUCUCAACUUCAGGACAAAGCAGCACCUACCUCAGCAGUAUGCGCGACUCGGAAUCAAGCUUGCUCUCGCAGACUUCCACGAGAGCGACCACUCCAGAUAUGUCGCAUUACGUUCCGAGACAGAAACUCUCGAUCUCCGAUAUCAGCGUCACCGCCAGCCACUCCUCUACUCUCACAGACGAUCUCGACGACGGUGAGUCGAAGAUGCUCGAAAGAACGUUCGCCCACGAGUUGCUUCACAACAAGGAGGGUCAGAUUACCGGUGGAACUCUCCCAGCUCUCGUUGAGAGACUCACCACCCAUGAUUCGACGCCCGACUCGAUUUUCGUAUCCACCUUCUACCUCACCUUUCGACUCUUCGUCACCCCAGUCGAACUUGCACGUGCUCUGGUCGAACGGUUCGACUACGUCGCCGAGAGCCCACACAUCGCAGGUCCUGUACGGUUGCGGGUGUAUAAUGUGUUCAAGGGAUGGCUGGAGUCGCACUGGAGAGAUCUUUCCGACCACGAUGCUCUCGAGACCAUUCAACAAUUUGCUCAGCAACAACUCACGCAGACGCUUCCUGCGGCAGGCAAGAGACUACUUGACCUGUCCCAAAAGGUAUCCAACAACGACGGACCUCUCGUACCCCGAUUGGUGUCAUCGAUGGGCAAGACCUCGACCUCAAUCGCACAGUACAUCCCGGCUGACACCCCGCUCCCUCCCGUCAACUUAACCAAGAGCCAAAUUGGCUUGCUGAAGAACUGGAAGAUGGGGGGAAGUACGCCUACUAUCCUUGAGAUCGACCCCUUGGAGAUGGCGCGUCAAUUGACCAUCCGGGGAAUGAACAUUUUCUGCUCCAUCAUGCCCGAGGAACUACUCGGCUCAGAAUGGACCAAGCGAUCUGGAUCGAAUGCGGUCAAUGUCAGAGCUAUGUCGACCCUUUCCACAGAUCUCUCCAACCUGGUUGCCGACACGAUUCUCCAAUACGACGAUGCGAAGAAGCGCGCCAUAAUCAUCAAGCAAUGGAUCAAAAUCGCACAUAAGUGCUUGGAACUGAAUAACUACGACUCGUUGAUGGCUAUCAUCUGUUCCCUCAACUCCUCCACUAUCGUCCGCUUGAAGAAGACUUGGGAUGUGGUCUCGCAGAAACGAAAGGAUAUGCUCAAGGCCCUUCAAGCGAUUGUUGAGACGGACAAGAACUACGCUGUUCUGCGACGAAGACUCCACGACCACGUGCCUCCCUGCCUUCCAUUCGUGGGAAUGUAUCUCACUGAUCUCACCUUCGUCGAUGCCGGCAAUGCAGCAACCAGGCAACUCCCGGGUCUUGGUGACAGCGAAGGGAUGCCCGUCAUCAACUUUGACAAGCAUACCCGAACCGCGAAGAUCAUUGGCGAACUCCAACGGUUCCAAAUUCCUUACCGACUGGCUGAUGUCCCUGAGUUACAGGAGUGGAUCCAAGCGCAGAUUGUUCGUGUCAAGUCCUCGUCCGAGAACGAGAACGUGCAACAAUACUACCGCAAGAGUCUGCUUCUGGAGCCACGUGAGACGCUACAGCCGCGGCACACUCCGACUGAUGGCCAGAAUCCCUGGAAUGCUGCCCCCCCCGGGUCUGCCAAGUUCGACCUCUUCUCGUGGACACAUACUCGGGAGAGACAACCCAGCGUGGCUAUUCAAGCACCGACCUGA